GCUCCUUUUCCCCCCAUAUAUAUCCUUCCCUCGCCAUCUACGUCCCGCCGGCAAUUCUGCAACAAGAACAAAGAAAGAAAGACAGGAUGAGCACAAACGGCCAAGAGCAACAGCAACCCCAAGCCCAAGCCCAGGUACCGACGCUCCAGCCUCACCACCCGCUCCUGGGGCUUUAUGAAGCGUAUAUAGCACAGCGGGAGAUCAAGUUGACUGUGCAAGGCAAGAUCGCUAGUUCCAAGGGCGAUUUCGCGGUGGUGGAUGAUGAAGGCCUGGUGGUAUUCGUAUCGCACGAUGAUCCUGAUCCGGUAGUCAAAGGCGCCAAGCACAUUGCGGAUACACACGGCCAGCCACUGUUAACAAUCGCCAAAGACAAGUCGUUGCUCCACAAGCGAUAUAUCGUGACGGAUGCGAAAGGGGAGGAGAUUAUCAAGGUGGGGCAUAAUCACAAGUCUGUUAAAACAAGCAUAGACGCCCAUUUUACAAACGCCUCUGACAACGUCGCGCACGAGCUCAAAGUCAAGGGGAACUGGACGAGCAAGGCGUUUGAUAUAACGCUGGAUAGUGGGGCGGCGGUGGCGAGGGUUGAUCGGGGUGUCAUGCAGAGUUGGGGGCAGCAUUACUCGGUGACGAUCGCCCCAGGCGUCGAUAUCGCGCUGGUGACCGCCAUCGUCAUCUGCCUCGCUUCGUCCUUUGUGGAGGAAGAGGUCGCUGUCACGGAGGCAUGAUGACGCUUGAAAUAUGUAGGAGAGUUUUCAUGAAUAGGAAGAAGAGGGAGAGGGGAUGGUCUGGGAAUAGGGGAUAUGGAAAGUGGGGAAUGGGGGUGUACUACAAUAGGUGGUCGCAGUAGUGGUAUCGGAGAAG